GGGAAAAGCAUAAAAGUACUCCAAAACCCCGGCGUCUUGCGGAACGUGUUUGUUGCAUCCCUUCCACCCCGGUCAUGCUUCCUUGCUUACUUUUUUCCUUCUUCUUCGCAGCUCCAGCACAACUCACGACACCUGAUUACGAGCUCCCCCAAGACUACAUUGAUUCAACAUGGCGACCACUGCAACAGCUCCUUCCGCAGUGACCAAUGGCGCUUCUCCCAACGCCUCUUCCAACGCUGCCGGUGGAAGGCCACAGUUGAAGAGUAGCAUUACUGGGGGCUCUGGCGGCGGUGGAAAUUCGAACAGACGACCCACUCAAUCACCCAUUGAUGGUGCCCAGAGGUAAGCCUUAUCAUUCUAGAGUGUUCUUCUGUCUGGAUGGGGGGGGGGGCGUGUUGCCACUCCACUGGCCUCUGUGGUUGAGGUCUUUGAGGCGGAGACCGUGGUUCUCUUGCUUGGGGAGAUGUCAACCUUCACAUAUCUUCCCCCAAGUGUUAUGAACUUUGGCUUGCUCUCAUUUGUUCAUUCUAUUCCUACCCGAAUUGUUUCUCUACUAGCUGAACCUGUUAUGAGCUUGUUUUUUAUAUAUCUUCGACCGAUCUUCAUCUCUGCUUCAUCCAGUCCUAAAUUUUUUUUUUUUUUGGAGCGGUCCGUGUUGAAUGAUAACUGAUCUGGGCACGUGCAGGCGAAAUUCUGCUCACAAGCCCUGGCAGGCGAGCAACCAACAGCAGAAGUACAACGGAACUGGAAACCCAGCUUCUGCAUCGCCCACACCUAGCCAGUCCGCGGCAAUGAAGAGCAGGGGCGCCAAUGCAUCUUCCGGCGGGGAGUCAGAUACCCAUGAUAAGCAUAUGCAUGAUAGAACCCUCUAUCUGCUUAUGAAUCUCGUGGUGAGUAUCUUUUCCACGUUAAAUUCUAUUUGGGGUUUGUGGCGGCAUUUACCUAUGGAGCUGUGAACCCUUUUGUGUGGAUGUGUGGCUGCUAUCUAAUGCCCUUGGUCAAUUGAAUUUUAAGAUUUUAGCCUUGCGGCAUCGCUAACCGAGCGCUUGUUACACAGGGAAAACAAGUGACAAUCACUCUGAGGAACGGCGCGCGCUUUGCAGGCAUCUUAACUGGUGCGGACACCAAGAGCCACGACCUUGGUGCUACGAUGAAGUGGGUUCGCCAAGUCCGAACCCCCUUGGGUGACAGCGAUGAGAGAGUGGAGGAGGGUGAAUAUGUCGGCGGGGGUCUCGAGAAAGCCAUGGUUUUCGAACCGAAGGAUUUGGUCGAUAUUUUCGCUGAGAGGAUUGCCCUUGGGGAGGACGAAACUCAGUUGCAAAGUGCCCAUCAGAAUGGUAAAUACAAUCCUGGUGAUUCCCCGCACCAAUGUCAAUAUUGGAGCUGACACGGUUUGGAAAAGGUGCACCUGCAGGGAAUUUCCGGACCGAUGCUGAUAUAUCCGGAAAUCUUGCCUUACGGGAACGGGAGUUGCGCAGAUGGCAACCGGACGAGAAGACUACCGAGCUUUCCCUUGAGGAAUCGGGUCAGGGCUCUGGUCAAAGCUGGAACCAAUUUGAGGUAAACGAGCGUCUAUUUGGCGUUAAAUCCGACUUCAACCCCGACUUGUAUACUACAAAGGUGGACCGAUCACACCCGCUAUAUCAGCAGCGGGAGGCUAUAGCUGAUAAGAUUGCUCGGGAGAUUGAGUCACAAGGCGUCGGCCCAAAUAUGAACCCACACCUCGCUGAGGAGAGAGGUGUUUCUUGGGGCGAUGAUAGUGGAAAGGACGAAGAAGAUAAAUAUGGGGCUGUGCAGAGGACUCCCGCGCCAUCAAUUCUCCCCCAGAUACAACCAUCAAAUAACCGCUAUAAACCGCCAGCGCUUCGGGCGCCUACCGCACUUCCAACGGUUCCCGGUGCUCCGCAUGAUCCCGCUAUAAUCUCGUCUCAGCUGCUUCGUCCCGAAACCCUGCAACAGAACCAACAGCAGUCACCACAGGCUCCUCGGCCUCCGCUUCCACAAAUCACGCUGAAUCAACAGCCGCCUAGCAAGGGCUCUGAAGAUGUUUCGGCAAAACCAAAGGAGAAGACAUCGCUUCCCGAGACAAUAGCGCCCAAGAGGGGGCACCCUGCGCCAUCAUCUGCGGAUCCUCCUGCUAAUAGCUCGGACCCCCCUCUUCCCCAAGAAGUGAAUGAGACUUUUAAGAGAUUCGUCAACUCUGAGAAGGAACGCUAUAAGAAAAAGAAGGCUGAUCUCGUUCAGAAGGACAGGGCAUCGAAACUGGAGGAACUUAGGAAAUUCUCCCAGAGUUUUGUCUUGAAAACAGAGGUUCCACAGGAUCUGGUUCCAAUAUUGGCAAAGGAUAAGUCAAAACAAGCGGAGAUUAUCGAAAAGGCCAAGAAGAGUGUUGCCAAGAUAACUAGCGCCCCACCUACGGCUGCCGUGCAGCCGCCUCAAACAACGAGGGUUCCUCCUCCGAACAGCUUCGCCGCGAAGAAUCCUGAGGAAUUUCAGUUAACACGUCAACAGCUGUUACAAGGGUUUCCGCCGACCCAAUCACGCCCAUCGCGCAGUCAGCAAGCCCAGCAGGCACCUCUCAGCACUCGAUUGUAUCAAAUUGCUGCCGACCGACGCGUCGGCCACCAGGUGUCCGUAAGGUCUCCUGUACCUAUUCCUGAACACCCCCACAGUGUCCCCACGGGCCCUGCUGCUGCUGCGAACAUACCGACAGCUCCAAAGUCCACAUCACCAUCUUCCGCGGCUCAUCUUAGGAAUCUGAGUGCAAAAGCCCCAGAGUUCAAACCUAAUCCUAAUGCUAUAUCUUUCACACCAACCCUGGGUGGCCCAUCCACCAAUGCCACCCCUAGCCCCACCACCUCUGCGCACGCCCACUCCUCCAGAGCUGCGAGCCCUUCGGCAUUCUUCGGCAACAAGAAGGUGAAACCUUCACAGGAGAAGCCACUGAUUGCCGAUCGGUUCAAUCCGUUCAAGCGUAUGAAAGCUGCACCCGCUACCCCAGCGCCCACAGAUGGGCCUAUAAAGAAGAUCAGAGGCAAUUCCAACGACUAUAUUGAGCGUGCAUUCGUUACAACCCCCACGUGGCCGACGACGGAGCAGAAUGCGGACAAGAAGUGGGAACAAAUGUUUGCAAAGCCAGAGUUCAGUAUAGCUGCUUCCAUCCAUUCGCCUCAACCCCCGCACGUUAUGCCUCAACCUCACCAUCAGCAAAUUCCCUCCCAUAUACCCCACAUCAACCCACCUCCUCAUAUCGCCCACCAAUCACAUCCCCACAUGCCCCAACACAUGGGUAUUCCUCCCCCACAAUAUGAACCGGAACAGCAUUUACGGCAGAUUCCUCCUUCAGUAAUGGCAUCUCCAAGCUUACACAAUGCGACGGUGGCUCCGUACCAGCAGUCUCCUGUGGCCCAUCCCUCCCAAAUCGGGCCCGUUUUUCCUUCGCAUCAGCAAGCGCAGUACGCUAUUCCGAGUGGGCCGGGCGGGCCUGCAUACGGUUACUAUGGAGGUGGAGGCUUUAGGGGAACCGCUGGAGCUGGGCCAAUGAUGGUGCAAGGCCCCCAACCUAUGCCAUAUCCGGCAGGACAAUUUUUCCCCCAUCCAUAUCCUUUCUCUCCCCAGCAACCUCCGCCCCCCCCCAGCUCUCAAGGAUAUCCAAGUCCUGGCAGAGGCGCUCCGAUGAUGAUGCACCAAGGAUCUCAGCAAGGGACGCCUGCUGGCCCGCAAAUGAUGCAAUAUACUCUCCAGCCAGCACAAGGAGCCCCGAUGUAUGCAGGGCAAGGACAGCAACAAAGUGAGUUACUCCUCCAUGGCCCAAGUUGGUUGCCCCCGCGUCCUCAAUCUACUGUCUCCCUUCCUCCUGUCCCUUCUACGCCGGUGGCCAAGUUUGCUUUUAGCCGUGCUGCCUCCCCUGUUGCUCCAUCCCCCCGCAUGCGCAAUUUACACUUGUCUCCCCAACCCGCUUCUGCUACUCCACUUCUCGCAUCUCCUUUGGCUACAUAUACCACCCCUUCGGCGAGUGGCUCGGGCUUGUCGUCAUACGCUCUCCAACGGAGUCAGACGGGAAAUGCCCCUAUGGGCGCCGGGGUGGGGCGUGGCCGAAGGCAGGACCAUAGUGGUGGUAGUAGCGCAGCGUAUAUGGCGCCGAUUAUGAUGAUGCCUUCUGGUCCGGUAUACAAUGCAUAUUCUAACGAUGGAUCAGUUGGUAUGAUACGUGGGCAGCCACACUCUCACCACCAGGGUGCUCCCCCGCCAUCCUUUUUCCACGGACCCCAUUUCCCGCCCGGGGGUAGAGGCAAUGGUUAUGGGCAUCCGCAACAACAUCAAGGUGGCCAGCAUGCUCCUCCUCCCCCACCGCCCCAGAGCCAAUCACAGCAAGCACCGCCAGAGGGCGAAGACACGAAAUGA